AUGAUGAAAUUCGCUUGGGAUAACUACAAACAAUAUGCACUUGGAAAAAAUGAACUGCGACCGCUGACUAAGAACGGCCACAUCGGUAACAUGUUUGGAGGCCUUCGAGGAGCUACGGUAGUAGAUGCCUUAGAUACUCUGUAUAUCAUGGAACUCGAGGAGGAAUUCCAAGAAGCAAAGAAGUGGGUGGAGAAGAGCUUUGACUUGAAUGUGAACGGAGAAGCAUCCUUGUUUGAGGUGAAUAUCCGCUAUAUUGGAGGACUGUUGGCCGCAUACUACUUAACUGGAGAAGAGGUGUUCAAGAGUAAAGCUCUGGAACUUGGAGAGAAACUUUUGCCAGCUUUUAACACCCCCACUGGUAUCCCACGUGGCGUCAUAAAUCUGGGCAGUUGGAGUUGGGGUUGGGCAUCUGCCGGAAGCAGCAUCUUAGCAGAAUUUGGUACCUUGCACUUAGAAUUCCUGCACCUCUCGGAGCUCUCUGGCAACCCGGUGUUUGCAGAAAAGGUGAUGAACAUCCGCAAAGUCCUGAACAAAGUUGAGAAGCCAGAGGGCCUUUAUCCCAACUUUCUCAGCCCGGUGACAGGGAACUGGGUGCAGCACCAUGUCUCCAUUGGGGGGCUUGGGGACAGCUUUUAUGAAUAUCUCAUCAAAUCUUGGCUGAUGUCAGACAAGAAAGACUCUGAAGCUAAAAAGAUGUAUGACGAUGCACUAGAGGCAAUAGAAAAGCAUUUGGUCAAAAAGUCUGCUGGAGGAUUGACCUACAUUGCUGAAUGGAGGGGUGGCAUCUUGGAUCACAAAAUGGGCCACCUGGCUUGCUUCUCUGGGGGCAUGAUAGCACUUGGAGCUGAACACGCCGGAGAAGAGAGGAAGCAACAUUAUGUGGAUCUCGCUGCAGAAAUAACAAACACGUGUCACGAGUCUUAUGCACGCUCAGAUACCAAACUCGGCCCCGAAGCCUUUCGCUUUGAUGCUGGAACUGAAGCCAUGGCAACGAGACUCAGCGAGCGCUACUACAUCCUACGUCCCGAAGUGGUAGAAAGCUACAUGUACAUGUGGCGGCUGACACACGAUCCCAAGUACAGGCAGUGGGGCUGGGAGGUUGUGAAGGCCCUGGAAAAACAUUGUAGAGUAGAAGCUGGUUUUUCUGGCAUCCGAGAUGUUUACACCACAACCCCAACCCAUGACAACAUGCAACAGAGUUUUUUCCUCGCAGAGACUCUGAAGUAA